GUCUCUCCGCAGCCCUUCAGCCCCCGCCAGCCCUCGCCAUGAGCACCACGGUCAGGCAAUACUCCUCCUCCACCUCCCUCAAGGGGUUCGGUGGCCUGGGUGGAGGCUCCAGCAGGCUCUCCUCCGUGCGUGUUGGGGGAGGAGGGUACAGAGCCCCCAGCGUCCACGGCGCCUCUGGCAGCUACUCCGUCUCUUCCCGCAUCGUCUCGGGGCUCGGAAGUGGCUACGGGGGCAGCUACUGCAGCAGCGUAGGAGGGGGCCUCGGCGGUGGCUUUGGGGGCAGCUAUGGGGCUGGCUUUGGGGGCGGCUUUGGGGGCGGCUUUGGGGGCGGCUUUGGGGGCUCGGGGCUCGGAAGUGGCUACGGGGGCAGCUACUGCAGCAGCGUAGGAGGGGGCCUCGGCGGUGGCUUUGGGGGCAGCUAUGGGGCUGGCUUUGGGGGCGGCUUUGGGGGCGGCUUUGGGGGCGGCUUUGGGGGCGGCGAUGGCAUCCUCCCGGCUGGCGAGAAGGAGACGAUGCAGAACCUCAACGACCGCCUGGCCGCCUACCUGGACAAAGUGCGUGCCCUGGAGGAGGCCAACACGGACCUGGAGGUCAAGAUCAGGGAAUGGUACAAGAAGCAGGGACCUGGUCCAGACCGUGACUACAGCCCCUACUACAGGACUAUUGAGGAGCUCAGGAACAAGAUUCUUGCUGCAACUGUGGAAAAUGCCAACAUCGUCUUACAGAUUGACAAUGCCAGGCUGGCAGCGGAUGACUUCAGAACCAAGUUUGAGACGGAGCAGGCUCUGCGCCUGAGCGUGGAGGCCGACAUCAACGGCCUGCGCAGGGUCCUGGAUGAGCUGACCCUGGCCAGAGCUGACCUGGAGAUGCAGAUCGAGAACCUGAAGGAGGAGCUGGCUUAUCUGAAGAAGAACCAUGAGGAGGAGAUGAAUGCCCUGCGCGGGCAGGUGGGUGGCGAGAUCAGCGUGGAGAUGGACGCUGCUCCUGGCAUCGACCUCACCAAGAUCCUGGCCGAGAUGCGGGAGCAGUACGAGAGCCUGGCGGACAAGAACCGCAGGGACGCCGAGCAGUGGUUCUUCAGCAAGACGGAGGAGCUGAACCGGGAGGUGGCCAUCAACACGGAGCAGCUUCAGAGCGGCAAGACGGAGAUCACGGAGCUGCGACGCACCAUCCAGAGCCUGGAGAUCGACCUGCAGUCCCAGCUCAGCACGAAAGCGGCGCUGGAGGGCACCUUGGCCGACACGGAAGCCCGCUACGGCACCCAGCUGGCCCAGCUGCAGGGGCUGAUCACCAGCGUGGAGGAGCAGCUGGCCGAGCUGCGCUGCGACAUGGAGCGCCAGAACCACGAGUACAGGGUCCUGCUGGACGUCAAAUGCCGCCUGGAGCAGGAGAUCGCCACGUACCGCCGGCUGCUGGAGGGCGAGGACGCCCACAUCUCUUCCCAGUAUUCCUCCGCGAUGUCCUCACACUCGGGCAGAGAUGUCAUGACAUCUUCCCGUCAGGUCCGCACAAUCGUUGAGGAGGUGCAGGACGGGAAGGUGGUCUCCUCCCGGGAGCAGGUUGCGCUCACCACUCGCUAGCAGGGCAAGCAGCUCCGUGGGGCCUCGAGCCCAGGCCCAAGAGAGCAGCGAGCUGCACCAAGCACUGGCUGAGGCCGUGGGCGACGGGGUCGUGUCACAGAAAGCAGUC